CUUCCUCUUCGUUUCUAGCGAAUUAUCUGCUGCGUUUCCUCGGGACUCUCUCAGUCGAACUCGCUCCGCCCUUGACCCGGCCAUGUGGAGAAGAAACUCACUGAGUUUAUCAUCCAAACUCGCUAGCCCUAACUCCAACCCUUCUCUUCUUCUCCUCCUUCGCAGUUCCCCUAAAUCCCAUCACCAUGGCCUACUGGCUCGAUCCAAUUCCACGAGCCCGGAGUCCACGUCUGCGGCGGAUCCCGUGAGUUGGGCCCAAUCUGGGACCGGGGUUCCGUAUUUCGGGCCGCGUCCAAGCGCCUCCGACUUUCCAUCGUUGGCGGCUGCGGCGGCGGUCAGGGCUAAGGAGGUGGCGGACUUGGCUAAGCACUAUGGCCGUUGUUAUUGGGAGCUUUCCAAAGCUCGCCUCAGCAUGCUUGUGGUUGCUACUUCUGGCACUGGAUACAUCCUUGGCAGUGGUAGUUCCAUUGAUUAUCUUGGCCUUUGCUGCACUUGUGCUGGCACCAUGAUGGUUGCAGCUUCAGCCAACUCCUUAAACCAGGUGUUUGAGGUGAAAAAUGAUGCUAAGAUGAAUAGAACCAAACGAAGACCACUACCAUCGGGCCGUAUUACGAUACCUCAUGCAGUUACCUGGGCAUCUUCCAUGGGUGUAGCAGGCACUGCUCUGCUGGCUUGCAAGGCUAAUAUGCUGGCAGCUGGCCUUGCAGCUUCCAAUCUUGGGCUUUAUGCAUUUGUAUAUACCCCACUUAAGCAGAUUCAUCCAGUAAAUACUUGGGUUGGGGCUGUAGUUGGUGCAAUCCCACCUCUUCUUGGGUGGGCAGCAGCUUCUGGUCAGAUCUCACUUAAUGGGAUGAUACUCCCUGCUGCUCUAUACUUUUGGCAAAUACCUCAUUUUAUGGCCCUUGCAUAUUUGUGCCGCAAAGAUUAUGCUGAUGGAGGGUUCAGGAUGUUUUCUCUUGCUGAUGCAUCUGGUCAGAGAACAGCCUUGGUUGCCUUGAGAAACUGUCUUUAUCUGCUUCCUCUAGGCUACCUAGCUUAUGAUUGGGGUAUUACUUCUGGGUGGUUCUGUGCAGAGUCAACACUCCUCGCUCUUGCUAUCAGUUGCACUGCAGGAUCAUUCUACCAUAACCGUACAACACAUAAUGCCCGGAGAAUGUUCCAUGCCAGCCUUCUUUAUCUUCCCAUAUUUAUGGGUGGACUUCUAGUUCAUCGUCUUUCCGAUAGUGAGCAGUCUGCAACUGUGGACUACAGAGAUCAGGUUAAUGAUCUUUCAUCCUCCUCAGAGACUAUUGUAGGACUGACCGAAAAUGCAAUUCCGAGGAAAAACAGAAGACCUGCCCUUGUGGGUACUCAAGCACAAUCACCAGUAGCAUAUGCCUCGGUUGCACCAUUCCCAUUCUUGCCAGCCCCUUCAUAUGUUAGUAGCUAAAUAAAAUUGUUAUAGUUGUAUAUCUGGAUGAAAAAAUGGAAGAGUUUUUAUUGCAUAUUCAUGGAUUGAGUGCAUUCUGCGGGAACUCAUUGUUAUAUGAUUCGGAUCAAAAUAAUGGUGGUCGAAUUCGUCCAUUGUAAAUUGCACCCCCGUGUGGGACUGUUACUGUUAAUUUGUGCAUGGAGGAAGAAAGAACAUUUUCUCCUCGCUUCCUCUUUUUGGUGGGAGAGAUUAAACACUCCUAGCGGGAAUUGCCCUUGAAGCGUUGUGGAGAUGAGAUUGUGACUUGAGAGAUGUAAACUGGUUUUUCCACAGCCAAUAAGUUUUUCCCUCCUGUUAAUGAAAUUGAUGCUCUCCAGCAACUUUGUUUUA